AGCUGUCAGCUGUUUGCGGCGUGAGGUUACGUCUUCUCUGAUUACGAAAAGUCUUAAUAAUUUGUUUAAAACACUUUUGAAUUAAAUAUAAUUAUAAAAUGUCAAACAGCCACUUGUUCUUGAAGUCUGGCUUCCCACGAGCUCCCCUGCAAAAUGGACUUGGACGCUAUGUUUGCCAACUGCAGAGGAUUACACUAAAGUUCUGCAAGAAUAAUGGAUCCAGCAGGGGCAUGCGCGACUUUAUUGAGAACCACUUGGUGGACUUCGCAAAGGAGAAUCCCGGCAUUGUGGUCUAUGUGAAGCCCAGACGCCAUCGCACCCCAGUUUUGGUGGGCGAGUACUUGAACGGCGAGCGCGAGUGGAUGAGCUGCAGGAACAGCACUCAAGAAGAGAUCUCCAAGUGGAUUGACCUGCUAAAGACCCAAAACGGCAGCUCCAGUUCGCUGCGUCUGCGUAAAAUGUGGCACACGGAUGUGCCAUCCAUCCAGGGCCCGUGGACACCAUUCCUGCUGCGUUCACCAGAUUCCCAGGUGUACCCCAAUGAAGAGGCAUCCAAGCCACUGGAUACACCGCAAACCGCCACCGAGAAGCUGAUCGAGCUGUUCCGGCAGCAGCAACUCGAAGCUGGCGAGGAGACCAACGAAGUUUUAAACAAAAAGAGGGCCGAGUAAUAGUUGUAUAGAAAUUAAGACUUUUUGGUAAUUGUUGCUUUUAUUUUUAUAGUCAACAUUGUUAUGUUGGUAAACAAAUAAAUAUUUAAAAUCUAAA